AGGCGGUAAUGCUUUCUAUUAUCAUCAUUAGUAUUAUUACUAGCUAUGAGAGGGGAGAGAAAGUUUGGGUCCCAUGAUCCGAGCCCCCACUACGGUCUUUCUCUCUCCUCCCACGACCACCAGAAAAACGGGUAUAAAUACACCCCUCCACCUCCUCGCCCAUUAAAGCCUCACACUCCAAAUGAUCAACUGGUUAGUAGUUACUACCCAAACAAAGCCCCAACCGUCCCGAAGCAACGCAAAAGAUUGUAUUGGAGCGUAGCCAAACAAGAGUGCACUGCGUGAGAGAUCCACGAUUCAGUUAGGCAAAAGGAUAGAUAUAUCUCCCUCCCAUUUCCCCCCCUUUACACGUGAUCUCGCUCUCUUUCUGCUGCUUCUUCCACCAAGCCGUGAUCCCUUCUACUUCUUCUCUCCUUCCAUAACUAACUCGGGGGCUGAAAGCAGAGAUAAAAACUGAUACUGCUCUAUCCGGAAUAUAGUAGCGAGGGAAAGCGAUGGAAGAGGAGGGAGGAGGGAUAGUGGUGAGGGAAUUCAACCGGGAGAGGGACGGCGAAGGGGUGGAGGCGGUCGAGCGGAUGUGCGAGGUAGGGCCCAGCGGUGAGAUGACCCUCUUCACCGACCUUCUCGGCGACCCCGUCUGCCGCGUCCGCCACUCCCCGGCCUAUCUCAUGCUGGUAGCGGAGACGAGCGGGCCGGAGGGGGAGAUCGUGGGCCUCGUCCGGGGGUGCAUCAAGACAGUCGCCUGCGGCAAGAAGCCCCACCGCGCCGGUGCUCCUCCGAGGCACCACACGCCGAGCCCUAUCUACACCAAGGUCGCCUACCUCCUCGGCCUCCGCGUCUCCCCUUCCCACCGGCGGAGGGGAAUAGCGCUGAAGCUAGUGAGGCGGAUGGAGGAGUGGUUCCGAGAGAAGGGCGCGGAGUACGCGUAUAUGGCCACGGAUAAGGAUAACGAGGCGUCGGUGAGGUUAUUCACCGAACGGUGCGGCUACUCCAAGUUCCGGACACCGGCGAUCCUCGUCCACCCGGUGUUCGCCCACCGGCUCCCCGUCUCCCGCCGCGCCCAGAUCCUCCGCCUCCCCGCCGCCGACGCCGAGACCCUCUACCGCCGCCGCUUCGCCACCACCGAGUUCUUCCCCCGCGACAUCGACGCCGUCCUCUCGAACCCCCUCUCCCUCGGGACUUACCUCGCCGUGGAGCCGGGGUUCCGGUGGGAGGGCAUCGAGGCGUUCCUGGCGGUGCCGCCGGAGUCGUGGGCGGUGCUUAGCGUGUGGAACUCCAAGGAGGUGUUCCGGUUGGAGGUCCGUGGGGCGUCGCGGUGGUGUCGGGGGCUGGCGCGGACGACGCGAGCGGUUGACCGGGCGCUGCCGUGGCUGCGGAUCCCGUCAGUGCCGGACCUCUUCCGGCCGUUUGGGUUCCACUUUCUUUACGGCGUGGGCGGCGAGGGGCGGCGGGGGGCGGCGAUGGCGAGGGCGCUGUGCCGUCACGCGCACAACAUGGCGAGGGAUGGGGGGUGCGGGGUGGUGGCGACGGAGGUGGCGGCCUGCGAUCCCCUGCGGCGGGGGAUCCCCCACUGGGAGAGGCUAUCGUGCGCUGAUGACCUGUGGUGUGUCAAGCGCCUCGCCGAGGACUACAGUGACGGCGCCUUCGGGGACUGGACCAAGGCGCCUCCCGGGCCGUCCAUUUUUGUGGACCCCCGGGAGUUCUGAUUAGAAUCUUACUUUCUUCCUUCCAAAAUGUUUAGAAGUCUAGAAGAGGGGAAAAAUCGAGAGAGAGAGAGAGAGGAAAAAAAACAGGGAAAUCUAGGGGGAUUUUUUUUGUAACGGUGGAAACGGAAACGGGAUUUAGAUGGACGUUGCUCUCAUGUAGAAGAAGGAUAGGAGCCUUUUGUUUUUUUUUUUUAAGUUUAUUUUCUUGGAAAAUUUUGUAACGGUCUCGGGAUAUGGGAUGGAAUCGAGGGGAAGAUGUGGUGGAAAUGGAGUUGGCUUUUUUUUGUUUGCGAGUUUCGUGUCCUUUCUUUAAAAUUCUCACCCUCUUUAUA